AUGGAGCAGCAACUGAAGAAGGCAGAAGCUGCUCAAAGGCGAAAAGCUCGGAUUGAGAAGGCUGCAAGGGAGUCUGAGGCAGAGGCCAUCGAAAAGAUUUUAGGUCAAGAUUCGAGCAGGAAGAAGCCUGAAGACAAAAAUUUAAAACGACUAGAUGAAUUUGUGGGUCAGGUAUUGGGAUAUGCACACGAUAAACCACCACCUUAUCGCGAAAAUGUUAUUUUGUUCGAGAUGUUAAAAAAUCAUUGUCGUAUGCGUUGA